AUGCAGCACGACAACGGGAUGCUCUGUAACACCAUCUUCGACGACCAUGCAUAUGUUACGAUCGAUAGCGACUACGAGUCCAGCAUCGCUAUCUCACUAGAGUUGGUCUAUUCGUCAUUGUUCGGUCCAUUAUCUAUCAUCGCCGGACCUGGAGCCGCAGCGGCGACACCCACACCCACCGGCCCAGUUCCCGGAGGCUCUGAAGAUCCUACUUCAGAUUCGGCCUGGAGUGUGAGUAUUUAUUACUGGCAAGACGAACAUAGUGGCGAUGGCCAGUGGGAGCUGUAUCAGAUUGAAGGAGGGCUGGUAGACGGCGGGUGUCCCGAGGUCGUACCGCCUGAUGAGAUCAUAACGGAUGGUUCGUACAAAAGAUUGGGAGAUGGAUAUUCAGGCUUCAAGGCAUUCGGUUCAAGUUGUAUCUAUAAUGGAAAGAACCUGCCUACUGGUGAUGUUAAUGCGGAAGUUGGAACCCUUUCGUGUGAUGGGUAUCGGGAUGCGAUUUGUUAUACUGGCGCUGGUGAUGAAGGAUCGUGUGUUGAGUCAUAUUAG